ACGCCGCUAGAAUGGAAGAUUCAAAGACAGACAGUCAGGGUAUCCCUGAAAAGGUUGAAGCGUUAGAAACCCAGCCGGCCAAAGAUGCCCUCCCCCCGUCACCGCCACCCACAGACGGUAGCAUAUCGGAUCUGGACGACGAGAAGAUCGAAAUACCACUUCCACCGCCGACCGCGGCCCCUACCCAGGUGCUAGACCUCGAUCUCAAGACCCCCGACAGCCAUGUACCGCGUGACCCCCGACUGAUCAGACUCACUGGAGUUCAUCCGUUCAACGUCGAAGCACCACUCACAGAACUCUUCAACGAAGGGUUCCUGACGAGUCCAGAGCUGUUUUAUGUCAGAAACCAUGGUGCGGUGCCUCAGGUUAAGGACGAAGACAUCAUCGACUGGCAAUUCACCGUCGAAGGAUUGGUGGACGAACCGAUGACCAUAUCGCUGAAGCAGCUGAUGACCGAAUACCAGCAAGUGACAUACCCCAUCACAUUGGUGUGCGCGGGCAACCGGAGGAAAGAGCAGAACAUGGUCCGAAAAAGCAAAGGGUUCUCGUGGGGCGCUGCUGGGCUCUCGACGGCGCUCUUCACCGGCGUCGUCAUGUCCGAGGUCAUCAGAAGGGCCAAGCCUAAGCGGAAGGCCAAGUAUGUCUGUAUGGAAGGCGCCGACAAGCUCCCCAAUGGCUUCUACGGCACAUCCGUCAAGUUGAACUGGGCCAUGGACCCCAAUCGCGGCUUCAUGCUCGCCUACAAAAUGAACGGCGAGACGCUCCGGCCGGACCACGGCAAGCCCCUGCGCGCGGUGAUCCCCGGCCAGAUUGGGGGUCGGUCCGUCAAAUGGCUGAAGAAGCUGAUCGUCACCGAUGCACCCAGCGACAACUGGUAUCACAUCUACGACAACCGGGUCCUGCCGACCAUGGUCUCUCCGGAGGAGUCGGCAAGCAACCCCAAAUGGUGGACGGAUGAUAGAUAUGCCAUAUACGACCUUAGCCCCAACUCUGCCAUCUGCUACCCACGGCACGAGGAGCAGCUCUGUCUGAAUGGGGCGCCUCGCACCUACCGAGCCAGAGGAUACGCCUACAGUGGAGGUGGGCGGCGCAUCACCCGGGUCGAGAUCUCGCUGGACAAGGGCAAAACGUGGCGGCUCGCGGAGAUCGACUACGCUGAGGAUCGAUACCGACAGGUGGAGAAAGAUCUUUUUGGUGGCCGGCUUGACAUGUCGUGGCGCGAAACAUGCUUCUGCUGGUGCUUCUGGUCGAUCAAUCUGCCCACGGAAGAUCUCGCCAGAGCCAAAGACAUCUUCGUGCGGGCAAUGGACGAGAGCAUGAAUGUUCAGCCGCGCGACAUGUACUGGUCUGUGCUUGGUAUGAUGAACAAUCCCUGGUUCCGCGUGACAAUCACCUUGGAAGGCGACUACCUUCGCUUCGAACACCCAACCCGGCCUGCACUUAUGCCUGGUGGCUGGAUGGAGAGGGUCAAGAAGGCUGGUGGGAACCUGGCCAACGGCUUUUGGGGAGAGAGACUCGAGGGCGAAGACCCAGUGGCCCCGGCCGAAGAACAGGCCAAGGAAAUCUCCAUGGUCAAGGAAGGCCUCAAGAACCCUAUCACCAUCGACGAGCUGCGGAAACACGACACCGAACAGCAGCCGUGGUUCGUGGUCAAGGGCGAAGUAUACGACGGCACGGCAUUCCUGAAGGAGCACCCCGGCGGCGCGCAGAGCAUUAUUUCGGCGGCGGGCCUUGACAGCACCGAGGAAUUCCUGGCAAUCCACAGUGAGACCGCCAAGGCGAUGAUGCCCAAGUAUCACGUCGGCUCUCUCGACGAGGCUGCCAAAACUGCCUUGGCGGCGGGCGAGACGGAGGUCGACCAGUCGGGCAAACCUCCCGAGACCUUCCUCAAUCCCAAAGCAUGGAAGAAGGCCAUCCUCCACGGUAAGCGGAUCGUGUCGUGGGACACGCGCAUCUUUACCUACAAGUUGGAACACCCGGAGCAACGCCUCGGCUUACCCGUUGGACAACAUCUGAUGGUGAGGCUCCGGGAUCCCGCCACCCGCGAGGCCAUCAUCCGUAGUUAUACUCCCAUCUCGGAGAUCAACGACCAGGGCUUCAUGGAGAUGCUCGUCAAAGUGUACUUCGCCGAUGCGGGCAACAAGGGAGGCAAGAUGUCCCAGGCGAUGGACGCCCUGCCCAUUGGGCACUUCAUCGAGAUGAAGGGGCCGAUCGGCAAGUUCGAGUACGUUGGACACGGCAAGUGUCUCGUGUCCGGGCAGGAGAGAAUCGUCAAGUCGUUCAUCAUGAUUUGUGGAGGAAGUGGAAUCACGCCCAUCUACCAGGUCUUUCGUGCCGUGGUCCGGGACCCCAGUGACAAGACGCAAUGCAUCAUCUUUGAUGGGAAUCGGUUGUUCGAGGACAUCCUGUGCAAAGAAGAGCUCGACGCCCUCCUGGCGGGGAAUGAGCACAGAUGUAGAGUCCUGCACACCCUGACCAAAGCGCCCGAAGACUGGACUGGCCUCAGAGGCCGCAUCACCGGCCAAUUGGUCCAAGACCACUCCACGAGGACGGACGAUACGCUGAUCCUCAUCUGCGGUCCAGAGGCGAUGGAAAAGACCAUGCAUAAAGCGCUGCUGGAGCAGGGAUGGGGCGAUGACCAGCUGAUGUUCUUCUGA